AGAUACGUUUGCCAUAUGUGUAAAAUCAGUUGCGAGUCUUGUAAGAAAAAAUGUACUGGAAAUGCAUUUCGUAUUCAGAACAAAUAUUUUCAUGAAGAUUGUUUCAAAUGUACAGUGUGUUCCACAUCAUUGGCAUCAGGUGGAUUUUUUAUGAAAGAUGGCAGCUAUUACUGCACCAAAGACUACCAGAAGUCCUUUGGAACUGAAUGUGCAGCUUGUGGAGACUAUGUGGAAGGAGAGAUAGUUUCAGCACUAGGGAACACUUAUCAUAGGAACUGCUUUGUUUGUGGUAGAUGCAGAAAACCAUUUCCGACAGGUGAAAAGGUGAACUUUAGAGUAAAUGAAUACCUUUGUUCUAAGUGUGUACAGAUUCCUGAGGUGAUGAUACAGGCCCAAGAGGAAGAUAUUCUAGAUAAACAGGAAAAAAAUAAAGAAACAUCAGUUGAAAGUGGUCAGAAAUGUGCAGGAUGUGGACAGGAGCUCAAGGAGGGACAGGCGCUUGUAGCCAUGCAGAAACCAUGGCACAUUUGGUGCUUUAAGUGUACCACAUGUAAUGCAGUUUUACAUGGUGAAUAUAUGGGCAAAGAUGGCCUUCCUUAUUGUGAGAAAGAUUACCAACAAUUAUUUGGAGUUAAAUGUGUCCACUGUGAUUUUUACAUCACGGGAAAGGUGUUGCAGGCUGGUGAAAAUCAUCAUUUCCAUCCAAGUUGUGCUCGGUGCUCUAAAUGUGGUGAUCCCUUUGGCGAUGGUGAAGAAAUGUACAUGCAAAGUGGAGCCAUCUGGCAUCCAAGAUGUGGAGCAGCACCUGAAGAAAAACUAACAGAUGGUUACAUAAAUGGUCAGACAAAACAAGAAGAUAUGACUGAUGGCCAGUACACAGUAGGUCAUUCUUACUCCCCAAGCCUGUCAAGCUCAAGCUCUGCAAGUCCACGUGGUUCCCUUACAAGGCAGUAUGGUCAUAAACGUGCAAGGAAUUAUCCAGAAAGAGAGAAUCUUUUAGCUGGUGACCUCAGUCAUGUUUACACUAUCAGUUACUUGACAGCAGAACCCACACAGGGCUACCUCAGACGGCCCAUCCAGCCCUAUCCACCAAAAUCUCCACAAUUUUACCGACCCCAAGAGCAAAAAGCAAAAAAAACAACAUUACCAAGAACACCAGUACCAAAACAAGGAAUGUCAGUUUUAGUGGAAUCUAUUCAAGCUAGUGUUCCUCGACCUCGUUCUCCAUACAUGAAUAAUGAAGAGCCAAUAGAACUGUCCCAGUACCCCGAUGCCCAUCCUCCCAAACCUACAGAAGUUGCCAGAAUUGAAAGAGAUGAUUUUCCUGCACCACCUUUUCCUUACACUGAUCCUGAACGUAAACAACUUUGGAGUGGCAACUCCAAAGAGUUUGAAGUUGAUGAGACUGACCAAGUAGAUAGAGAGGAGGAAGUGCAAGAAGACCCACGUUUAAAAAAAGAAGAGCAAGAGUUAUCAAAAAUAGCAAGUGGGAUUGGCAAGGUAUUUCUGAAGACUGUGCAAGAAAGAGAAAAAAUACGGGCAUGGAAGAUAACACACGUUGAUCCUCGAAAUGCUUCUCGUGCUCCCUCUGCCAGUCGUGAGGUUUCCAUUAAGCUCCGUUAUGACAGUCCUGUCAAUGCCUCACCAUCUCGAGCAAUGGAUCGACCCCGACCAUGGGAGGAAGAUGAAUUUGAUCGAGGUUCUAGUAACAGAUCAUCCUUGGGUAAAUCUGGUCACAUCACACCAACCUACAAUGUGAUAUCUUCACUCCGGACAGUACCAAAACCAGGUUAUGGAUUUGCAACUAAGUCUUCCACGCUUCCUGUUGGUGGCCGAGAUUACAUGACUGGAGAAUUAACUUUUGGAAAGUUGAUGAACAUGCAGAACACAGAUUUUAGUAGUGCAAGAUCAGAUGUUUCAAGAAUUUCUGAACAAGAUCAAAAAACACUGAACAAUAGUGGAAGUGGUGUUUUUCGGAAUACACCCAUUUCUGAUAUUUAUGGUGGCUUGCAUCACACCUCGUAUAGUCCUCAUUGGAGAAGUUCAAUGCCGAAUGUUAAUUUCCACUUGUCUAAUGAUCCUCCUAAGCUUUAUCCAUAUCAUCUUCUGAUCAUCACUAAUUAUCGUUUACCACCAGAUGUGGAUCGCUGUCACCUUGAGCGCCAUCUAUCAAAUGAGGAAUUUCAGCAAAUAUUUCACAUGUCUCGUUUACAGUUCUAUCGCAUCCCAGAAUGGCGUAGAAACUAUAUGAAACGAAGGGCCAAGUUGUUCUAAAGGUGGUUCCUAUUUUCUCUUCUGAACUGCACAGUUGUUAUUGUUGUCAUGCUCCUUUGACUAUCAGCACAUUUAUAUUUUAUUGGCAAAAUGCUGUUAAGUUCUUAAAAGUAUAUUUUAUGUGCUGUGGCAGAAAGCUUUCCAUUGCUAGAUGUGCAAGAAGUUUUUUCUUACUUAUUUGUGUUUGUAAAGGAACUUUAAAUAAUUUAUAUUUUUAUAUUUUUUCUUUAUUAUACACACGCAUACACAAGUUUUAUCUUAGAUUGAUGUCUAUAUGUUUUUGGUUUGCACCAAUAGUUGUUAUGAAAUAAUGUACACACUUGUACUUGACUUUUAAAUACAACUAUACAUACACAUCCAGCUCUAUAGUUCAUACAGUUUUGGUGAUGGUGUUAAUAGUGAUUGAUAAAAUAUUUUCUUGGAAAAUGUCAUGGUUAUGAUGAUUUGUAUAGAGUACUAAAUAACUAAUAAACAUAAUAGAUUUGUUUUGAGUACCAAGUAACUAAUAAAACUUAACAGAUACGUUUUUAAAUUCUAUGUUGUAAGUAUGUUGGGUGAAACCAUUUUAUGUAAAUUUACUAGCUGACAUUGUAUUUCUUGGGAAGUUCUAGAAUGUUUGUUUUCCUGAUAAAUGUAAUAAUUAGUGAAUAGAAUAGUGAUAAAACCUUGCUGAUAAAUAUUUGUUAUUUUGAUUUUGUGUUAUUAAUCUGUUGUUCUAAAACUGUAAGCCAGUUUUAUUAGUUGUUUAUGUCCUGCAGUUAAUUAAUGCAUUUGAAAAUUAUUUUUAACUGUUUUUGUUUUAUAACUUAGUAUAAUGUGUAGAUAUGCAGAAUUAUUAGGCUUUUUGGUAAUCUUUGCCAAUCUUGUGUUAAAAUAACUGUUGAGCAUUCUUAUUAUAAUAUUUUUUAGUCUAAGCAUAUCAUUGACAAAAAGAAAGCAUAAACAAAGAUCGAUUUUUGUGUAGAGUGAACAACUAUGUAGUUUAAUAAAAUAAUCAUCCACACACAUUUUAACACUAGCAGAAAAAUUUUAAUUUUUAAUAUUAUUAUAUGACUGCUUAAGACUUUUUUUAUUUCUAAACCAAUUUCAAUAAGACAGAACUUAAUAUUUAAUGAUGGAUUCAGAUAUUUUUUGGUUUAAUUGUUUAAAGAAAUGGUUUACGUACUUGAGAUUAAAAAUGUCUGAAUAAUUAUGUUCUAAAUGUUAUUUAGCAAGCAUGAGAUGUUUAUAACAGGUUGACUGAUCAUCUAUUCUAUAACUGAGAACGUGAAUAGGCCAUUACUAAGAUCGGCCCUAUCAGGGGAGUUUAUUAAGAAUUGCUUUUACAUAACAAGGAAUACUUAGUGCACUACUGAUCAAGCUCUAUUUAAUUAAAAGCUAUGGUCCAAUGUAUCCACCUUGAGAAACCUCCUGAUCUUAUGAUGGCUCCCACCCAAAAGUAUGAAUGUGAAAAGGUAUUUGCCUCAGACAGUUAUAUUAUUCUAUAAAUAAACAAUGUAAUUUUGUUAAGGAUUACUAUAAAUGAUUAAAGUUAAAAAAUGCAAUAUAACCAAAUUUAGAGAAGUCAAAAAGACAAAAUUUACUUUUAAAGUUAAUAAGAAACAUGAUACUUAAUAAAGAAUAUUAUUUUAUCAUGUUUCAUGAAAUAAUCUUUGUAUUUAGUUUCUAGGUAUUACAGUUCUCCUUGUAAAAGCUGGAACCUAUUGUUUAUCUAUUUUUAAUGUGUUUAUGGAGAAGACUUAAUAUGUUAUUGAAGAAGUAUUUUAUUUUCAUCCAUUGCUAGCACUAAGAAUUAUUAAAGUUAAUAUAUACAAGUAUUUCUUGAUCAUAAGUACAUAUGCAGGUGUUUUUUUUUGUUUUGUUUUUUAACAUGAAUCUUGGUUUCAUUGGGGUAAAGCUAAAAUUAAACCACUCUUUGGCUGUAUAUACAUAUAAAAAAUUUUACUCUUUCAAUGGUAGAAUAUUAGAAUAAGUUAUAUUUGAAUUACAUUUUCAGUAUAAUUGAUUUUAAUAUAUGGUGGAGCUAUAAUUAAAAGAAAAAACACCAGUAUGGGGCUUUGAAAACAUAUUAGGCAGUCUACACACAAUCAAUAGUUCUAUGUGUAGAAUAAAAGUUUAAACAUCAUUUUAUUUGUUUACAUUGCCUUUUUUCAUAUAAAUAAGAUAUUACUUUUGCAAAUUCUGUUAUACAUAUAAAUAAUUAUCUAUUGUACUGUACUUUCCUCAUUUUGAGUACAUUCUUACUGCCAUUUAAAGUCAUACCUUGCCUUUUAUGCUUGUGCUCUUGACAUUUUUUUAUGAAUGAGUUAGAAAAAGUAAGAAAAUGUCUUGAGUAUUGGCACUCACUUAAAUCAUUCAUGAUAAAUGUAUUAUUUUACUUGAACACGCCUUUUACCAUUAUCACAUUCAUUCUUCAGAUUUAAUUAAUUAAAUAACUUAGUUUUUGUACUUUAGCACUGCUUAACAUCCCUAUACCAACUACAAUGACAAUGUGCCUUUCUUAGUGGAUUAUUGUAAGGGAGUGGGGGUGACUGGGUUCAAAUAAAAAGUUGAAAACAAUAUAGUAACUUUGAAACAUAGUCAUCCUUAAAUAUUUGUGCAGUGUUUCUACUCAAAGCUUGCUUUUCUAGUUUAAUUGAAGUAUAAGCUCUCAAGUGUAUUUGUAAUGAAGCUAACAUCAGUGAGUUUGUAAAUUAAACCAACCAUACAGACUAAGGGCUGUUACUGAAGUGGUUUAGUUACAAAAUUAUCUUGUUACAUAUGCAGUCUGAUUUUGAAACUAGUUUCACUAUCUGUGUAGUGAAGGAAAUUAUUUGAGUGAAUCUAUCUAUCUAUACAAACUUGAAACUAGUUCAAGUUAUCAUUGAAUUUGUUUAUUUUUGAUAAAAACUAUAAUAAUAUUUACCAGUAAUUAUAAGUAUUUGUUCCUUUUCUAUUUUGUAUUAUUUGCUAAGGUCAGGUGUGCAAAAAAAAAGAAUGUUAUUUUAGUGUUGAUUUUUACAAUCUUUCUAAAAUAUGUGAUGUUUUAAAUAUUCAUAAUAUGAGUAUAUGGAAGGAUGAGAUACAUGUGAAACCUAGUUAAACAACACAGAAAUAUGUUUAUUUUUUUUAUUGCAGUAAAUAUGAAGUGGCUGUGAAUAUAAUUUUUCAACAACAAUUUGUUCAUUAUAAAUAUUAGGUAACAGUGAUUUCGGAAGCAGCUCACCUAGUUUCAUCAGCUCCCUUAAUUCCCUACUAAAAGUCUAGCUUACACUCCUUAUAUAUCUUGAAUUUUAUGAAAGACUAAAUAGUUUUAACUCAAAUGAAGAAAAGAGAUUCAUGUUAAAAAUAUUUUAAAGAUAUCAUAUUGUUACGUCUCCGUUUCGUUAAUUGAUUUUUUCGUAACUUCGUUCUGACGAAAUUUUAACGACACAAGUCUUUACUUAAUAAAACUGGUUUAUUCUUUCCGAAUAUAACUUUACCGAUACACUCAACUUCAACAAUCGCGCUAAACAAACGAACGUCAAUAAUACUUCUGACUGCAGUUCAAUUACUCACUAUCUCCACACACAUUACAUUACCGCGUCACGUUGUCCCCUCUUAUAUAUACCAGCCUACCCUACAUCUAGUAAGAAGUAGAACAUUCGCCAAAGUAUAGGAUAAUUCUAGAAAGUAGAGAGCGUGAGAAUCACAUGAUCUCGAUGACGCAACAAUAUAUAUAUAUAUAAACCAGAGAAAAAGAUUUUGAAGAAGGCAUAAAAACAUAAACAUAUGUACCUUCUAAAAAAUUGGCGGAUGCUAUGGUAUAACAUGAUUAAAUCAUUCUAGAAAUAAUUUCAUGAAAAGUAGUGUAUAAAUUAAUUAUGGUGCUAUAUAUAAAUUAGAAAUAUUAUUUUUUUUGUAUUACAGUUUUUCAACUUUAAGGGUGUGAAGUGAGUGCUAAGUACAAUGGUACUGUGAAUAAAAGUAAUACUUUUUUCACUAUGUUACAUAAAUAUAAUUCAUUAUGUAAAAGACUACAAAAAAAUAAAUAAAUCUAUUUCUGUUAUUCA